CCCUAUGAGCUGUUUUCAUACAGCCAUAGCCCACUUGGUCAGUGGGUGUUAGAUCUUCCCUCUGAAGAUAAAUUGAGUUGGUUACUUCCUACCACUAUGGGUUGGAGUUGGUGACUGUGUUUGCCCACCACGUCCAAGUUAAUGGUGUGCCAAGGAUAGAUGUGAAGCAGGUUUUUAGGUCCAUAUUGAUGUGGUAUCUUCUUAACGCAUCGCGCCGCCUUGAGCCCACAGCAGCACAGGAUAUGGAGGCUCUUGAAGUGGAUGACAUUAGCCCUGCCUUGGAAGUGACUGAAGACUUUUUCAAUAGUUUUGAUACUAAGCUUGAAAAGAUUGUGCAGCCCUCUGAGGUGUAUGGUGUACAGGAGGUCCCGGAACUGGUUGGGCAUGAGGUAUUUGAUCAGAUAACAGAGAGCAGGGAACUGAGGAACGUCGCCUCCUUAGCCAAGAGUAGCCUCAUCUGGGAUCACUGCAAAAAUGGCCUCUUGGAAACCAAAGCUCAGACAGUGUUCCCUGCCAAAGACCAGUGCAUGGUGCAGAGGGGAACAGCUGCUGACAACCUUGCUUGGGCAGGGGAAGGGGACACCACAGCUUUUAAUAUCUUCAAGAUCUGCCAGCGGCGGAGGGAUAGGCCUCGCUCAGUGAAUGACAUCCUGGUGCAGAAUGAGGAAGCCUCCAUGUUCAAACCAGGUCACAACAGGUCACGCUCUGAUAUCAGCCAUGUGAACUGGAGAGUGGUCUUCACAGGCACCUCCCUGCAGCAGCCACCUGCACCUGGUCAGGACAAUAACUGUGCUCUGCUUUCCUACCUGGCACUAACCAAUGGAGAGGAUAUCCAAGGAAACACAGAACACAAGACAGUGUUCUCAAAUCUUCUGAAGAAGGGAUACUUGGAAGUCAGAAGAGACAAUGACAGCUACUGGCAAACCUGUUACGCUGAACUCUCUCAGUACAAACUGUACCUGUAUUGCUUGGACAGCAGCGGCAACCAGACUCUUCCCACCGUGUAUCCACUCAUGCGUUUUCAAAGAGUGGCUGUUACUGGUGGCAUGGAAACCAAGGUGGUGGACACUGUCCUGUCAGACAGCUCACAGCUACAGCUGAAGGCAGAGUCCUCCUGGGAGACUUUGGACUGGGGACAGAAACUUUGGGAAGCGGUGCAUGCUUCUGGGCCUGCUUUUACAAGACAGCAGGAGAAACUGGAGAAUGUGCCAAAGCCUGAAAAUAACAGUGACCUUUCUCAAACUAAUGGAGUGUUAGAGAAGCCUAUGGAACUCUUCCUAUCCAUGAAUUUGACUGAAAACACUAAAGAGUACCAAAAUAUUCUGAAAUCAGGGACUCUUUAUAGACUAACUGUCCAGAAUAACUGGAAGGCAUUUACUUUUGUCUUGAACAGGUCUUAUCUCAUGGCAUUCCAGCCUGGUAGGCUUGAUGAAGAUCCCCUGCUGAGCUACAAUGUGGAUGUUUGCCUGUCAGUGCAGACAGAUACUCAGGAUGGCUGUGACUCUUGCUUUCAGGUCAUUUUUCCCCAGGAUGUGCUGCGCCUGCGCGCAGAGACGCGGCAGCGGGCCCAGGAGUGGAUGGAGGCGCUGAAAGCAGCAGCCAGUGCUACCCGAAGUUUGACUCAGAACCCACAGGUCACGCUCAGGAACAAGCCUGGAGAUCGGCCCUUCGGGAAUGACCUCAGAAAGAGCAAGAGGCAGUCUGUGACCACCAGCUUCCUGAGCAUCCUGACCACACUGUCUCUGGAGAGAGGGCUCACAGUUCAGAGCUUCAAGUGUGCAGGCUGUCAGCGCUCCAUAGGUUUGUCCAAUGGGAAGGCCAAGGUGUGCAGCUACAGUGGAUGGUAUUACUGCAGCACCUGCCAUGUGGAUGACAACUUCCUUAUCCCUGCACGGCUGGUUCAUAACUGGGACACUUCCAAAUACAAGGUGUCAAAGCAAGCCAAAGAGUUCCUGGAAUAUGUUUAUGAGGAGCCAUUAAUUGAUAUCCAGCAGGAAAAUCCCAUGUUGUACAAUCAUGCUGAACCUCUGGCAACUGUUGUCCGCCUGAGACAGCAGCUGAAAUCCCUGCGAGCCUACUUGUUCAGCUGCAGGGCAGCAGUGGCUGAGGAUCUGCGGAGAAGGAUCUUUCCCAGAGAGUAUCUUCUUCAACAAAUCCAUCUUUAUUCUCUGGCAGAUCUUCAGCAGGUUAUUGAAGGAAAGCUGGCUCCUUUCUUGGGGAAGGUGAUCAAGUUUGCCACCUCUCAUGUGUAUAGCUGCAGCCUUUGUAGCCAAAAGGGUUUCAUCUGUGAGAUUUGCAACAAUGGAGAAAUCCUUUACCCCUUUGAGGACAUUUCUACAAGCAGGUGUGAAAGCUGUGGUGCUGUCUUCCACUCUGAGUGCAAAGUGAAGGCUGUGCCAUGCCCCAGGUGUGUGCGUAAAGAAUUGCAGAAGAAGCAGAAAUCCUUCUGGAGGCAACUGAAUAUGGACGAGAACUUCGAAGAGUCUUGCAACAUGUUUGAAUUGUCAUAUCAGAACACAUGAGGUCCUGAAGGCUGUGGCCAGCCUGAAGAGAAUCCCUCUCCCAGCUGCCAGCUCAAGCAAAUUCUCUGCUUAGAACAGGCAGAAAUUGUUUUCAAAAAUAUUACCUGACCUCCUUCAGCUGUGAAGUAAGAGCUGCCAAAGUGGCCAUAAAGCCUUGUUGGUUUUGAAAUACCAAUGGCUAAACUGCAUUGAAGUCCAGCCUUUGGCUCUCAUACAAAAUGUGGUUUAUGAGAAAUGCUUUAGGUCUAGCUAAUUAAGUACUCAACUUUCUUUUCCACCUCUGGAGAACACUUUAUCUCAAGGCAGAAAAUAUUUGCUGCCAUGACUGCAUUAUUUUUUAUGUUGUUCAUUUAGAGUUGAUGAAUCAUUUACUUAUUUAUGUGUAUUAUUUAUUUAUUAGUAGCCUUGGCAGGGGUUCUGGUGAGGUGAUUCACAGAACAUAAUAGAGCAGGAAUUAUUUUAAAUCCACUGUCUCCUUCUGAUAUGGACAUGUGGUUCCAUUUCCUCAUGUUUUCAGAGAACUAUUUUAAAGGAUCUCCCUUAAACCUUAUUCGGGGUGCUUGCAAACAUAAGACACAGAAUAAUUCCUUCAGUUAUGUUUAUAUAUUUAUAACCACCAGUGAACUACUCCAUAUUCAGAUAACCAUGGGACUUGCUACUCUUUUUGUUCAGGCUGGGAAUAUCAGUUAAGCUCUGUCACUGAAGUCCUUUGAGAUUUGUGCUGUUUACUCUUGAUUCAUGGGAGACUAUGUCCUUGUCUGUAGUAACAUGAUGUUGGUUCUCCUCCUUCCAGUCUGAAACUUCAGGGCAUUUUAAGAGUUCACAUUGGUUUUCUGUUUAUUUCCUGAAGUUUACUUCAAAUGUUUUUCUAAUCUGAACCUGUUAAACUGAUAGUCAGGAAAGUGUCUUGCCCAUUUUAGUUAGCAAAUACCUCCAAAAUUGUGAAACACUACUUUGCUGUUUUCAAAUACAAUUUGUGUCCUGCGUUCUCUCUGAGCUCUGAGGCAUUUAUAGUUCCGUAAUGAUUUCUAUGGUGGACAGUGAAGUUCCUCAAGGUGUGAUUCUGCUUCACACACCUGGAACACAGGGAAGUAUAAAACAGAGUGAAUUAUUUUGUAAAGGGAAGUAAGUACCUGUUGGAUUUAACUGGAGAGCUGUGUGUCCUUACUGGCAGUAUGUUUAAUUCAGGGCGAGUUCACUUCCAAUGAGCAGUUAGAUUGUCUUCCCCCCAUUUCACAUUCCUGACUCUUUUCCACACCCUGCAGUGAUAUGUGUGUUACAUACCUAUGAAAGCAUUCAUAUAUAUAUAUAUACACACACAAAAUCUAUAUAUAGAAAGUAAAUAUGGUUUCAGGAGAAUAAUGCCAGUUGCAUGUGUUUUUUUCCUCUCCUCUCAGAUAGGUUUGUGAAAAUAUGGAAUAUUGAUUUUUGCUUCCUAUAUAAUCUACAGACUCUAUUCAAGGCAGAAAGCAGUUUUGAUUGUUGAAGCAUCUCACUAAUUGCUGAAGUAUUUUAAAUGAAAGAACAGGGUACAUCAUGCUUACAUUAAAAGGUAAAAUGCUACAAUGAGUUGCCUUGUACUGGAAUAUAAGUGGUUACCUUUUCCAGCCUUCAGUAAAAGAAAAAAGUAGCGUUCUCAAAUUUGAGUGCAACUACUAUAUAUAUGUAUACACACACAGAAGCAUGUUUAUAUCUCUAUACAUUAGACAACCUGUGCCUUUCUUUUGCAGAAAUCCUUCUUUCAUUGGGAUUCUUUAGAAGGAAGUGAGGGUUUUUCCAUGUUCUUGGCAAAGUGCUGUAGGGAUUCCCAUACUUAAUAAACCUGGUGAAUCAUG